UCAUUAAAAAGUGGGCAACAUCGAUGGUUUGUCACGCCUCAUGUUGGAAGGUACUUUGCUUUUCUCGAAGCGUUGAAAAUUCCCAGACACGUUUCCCCAAAUAUCCAUCUUUUUCUUAUCUCUUCCUUCCUCCUUCAUAGUUUCCCCUUCCCACCUUCUGAUCUCUCUCUAGUUUUUCUCCCAACAAUGGGUGGUUCUGUCACUGUCAAGUCCGAGGUUUCCCUUCUAGAAUCUUCUCCCUCUCCUGUGGAGAAACCUGAAGGAGUUUGUUCCAACAUAGAUGAACACCACCUGGUCCAACCCAAUAUGAAUGACUCCUCAACCAACAAGUCAGUGCCAACGUCUGGACUUAAUGCAGUGAUUCCUAGUACGAACCAGCUUACCAUCUUCUACAAUGGGAGUGUUUGUGUCUAUGAUGGAAUCCCUGCAGAAAAGGUGCAUGAAAUUAUGCUUAUUGCUGCUGCUGCUGCCAAGUCUACUGAAGUGAAGAAGAUUGGGACCCAAUCUACCCUCAUUUCACCUGUUCCCACAAGGCCUUCUUCUCCACAUGCAAUCACCAACAAUAUUGCUGCCUCACAGACAAAUUCCAUCUGCAGGCUGCAAGAAUUUCCAAUAGCUCGCAGGCAUUCACUUCAAAGGUUUCUUGAGAAGCGGCGAGAUAGGCUGGGUAGCAAAGCUCCUUAUCCUUCCUCAUCAACCACUAAAGUUGCUGAUAACAUAGAGAACAACUUCUGUGCUGACAAUGCCCCGGAACUGGUAUCCUUGAAUCGAGCAGAGGAGGAAUUUCAUCCAACAGUCUCUGCCUCUUGAGCAUUACUAGUGUUUGUUCUAUGUUAUGUCCUGUGAUACUAUGGAAGAUCAUAUAUUUGCAUGUAGAAUCACAUAUACUGAUAUAAUUAUAUUGUUAGGUUCUGAAGUCUAUAAAUGUGUUUUAUAUGUAACAUAGCUAUGUAACAGCUAUUGAACCUGAAAUGGUCUGUAACAGUGUUUGUAUCUGAGCACGUUAGGAAGUAUGGUUUGUGUUCUGAUCACCCUAUAUUAAACUGUUCCUGUAUUUGAUUAUGUGGACAACUGAUUAUCUAUUAUGUUGAUGUUCCACUUCUAUUUUUAUGA